CCGCCCCCUCAGGCGGCCAGGGAUUGGCCGGAGCCGCUCGGGGAGGCGGGGCCUGGCCUGGAACCGGCCCCUGGCUCUCGGCAGCCGCGCGGAGCCGCCGCUGGGAGAGACGCGGAGCCGGAGCCGGAGCCGGAGCCAUGAACAUCCGGAACGCGCGGCCCGAGGACCUGACGAACAUGCAGCAUUGCAACCUGCUCUGCCUGCCCGAGAACUACCAGAUGAAAUAUUACUUCUACCACGGGCUGUCCUGGCCGCAGCUCUCCUACAUCGCCGAGGACGAGAAUGGCAAGAUCGUGGGCUAUGUGCUGGCCAAGAUGGAGGAGGACCCCGACGACCUGCCCCAUGGACACAUCACCUCCCUGGCUGUGAAACGCUCCCACCGACGCCUGGGGCUGGCGCAGAAGCUGAUGGACCAGGCGUCCCGUGCCAUGAUCGAGAAUUUCAAUGCCAAGUACGUCUCCCUGCACGUCCGCAAGAGUAACCGGGCAGCUCUUCACCUGUACUCCAACACCCUCAACUUCCAGAUCAGUGAGGUGGAACCCAAGUACUACGCUGACGGGGAAGACGCCUACGCCAUGAAACGGGACCUGACCCAGAUGGCAGAUGAGCUGAGGCGGCAGCUGGAGCUGAAGGAGCGGAGCCCCCAGCCAGGGCUGGAGCACAAGGCCAACCAUGGGGGCGACUGCUGCCCGGGGGUGGUGGGGGCACCGGGGGGGCCCCGAGGACAGCGGGGGGGACAGCAAGGACGUGAGCGAGGCCACAGAGAGCACCGAUGUGAAGGACAGUUCUGAGGCCUCCGACUCGGCCUGCUAGGGCCCCGCUGUGGGGCGCCCGGGCAGCCCGCCAAUAAAGGUCACUGCUGAGCUGUG